AUGAAUCGUAUCCUGAGCCAAGUAGGUCGUCGGCCCGCUAGCUCCGUGAGAGCAGCUUCGGCAGCAACCUGCCGGGCUUCAGCACCACCCCGAUAUCUCACAACCUCAGCUUCCCGCCCACUCGCCUCUGUCCAACAGCAGCCUACGACGUCCAGUACACCACACAGAGCACCACCGACCGCAGUCCAGUCCUUAGGCAAGACCAAGUCUGGCCAGGAUCUCCGAAUCCGCAGCUAUCCCCAAUUCGCCACCCUCGAGGAGGAACGCCUGUACCGCAAGCAGCACUUGGCAGCAGCAUUCCGCGUCUUUGCCGACCGGGGCUACGAUGAAGGCGUAGCGGGCCACAUCUCGGUGCGCGACCCGAUCAAGACGGACCAUUUCUGGUUGAACCCGUUGUCGGCCCAUUUCUCGCAGAUCAAAGUCUCCGACCUGAUUCUUGUUGAUGAGAACGGCGCCAUAGUCGAGGGCAGCGACCCCAUCAACACGGCUGCGUUUACCAUCCACAGCGCCAUCCACCGCGGCCGUCCGGACGUCCACGCCGCAUGUCAUGCGCACAGCGUCCACGGCAAGGCGUUUAGUGCGUUUGGCCGCGAGCUAGAGAUGAUCACGCAGGACUCGCUCCGUUUCUAUGGCAGUCAUGCUGUGUACAGACACUUUGGCGGCGUGGUGGUUGACGCGGAAGAGGGUGCAAGGAUUGCAGGUGCCUUGGGUAGUGGGAAAGCUGUCAUCCUGCAGAACCACGGUCUCUUGACGGUUGGACAAAGCGUCGAUGAAGCUGCGUUCUGGUUCAUGUCGCUGGACCGUACUUGUCAGGCCCAGCUGCUGGCUGAUGCGGCUGCUGCGGGCGGGUAUGAAAAGGUGCUGAUUGAUGAGGCCGAGUGCGCGUUCUCGGCGCAGAGUGUUGGGGGUCCUGAGAAGGGUUGGCUUGCGUUCCAGCCGUAUUAUGAUGAAGUGCUGGCCAGGACGAAGGGCGAUUUCUUGAAGUGA